CUACAGGGAUUGUCUUCUCUGAGUCACAUCACGACUCAUUCAUUCACCAAGAAGUCUUUAAAAUAGGACCUCUGCUGACACGAUCACAUCACUAGUUUUCCAUGGAAAUCAUGCUAAAGAAACAUCUUCUGCUGAUCACCAUGCUGUUCUGGGGGAACAUUUUUACCGAUGGGUUACAGAAUAAUACAGAAGACAAACCAGAUGUAUCAAAAGAAACGACAACUAUAACAGUUAAAGACAACAAUGCCCAGUCUACUGACAAUUCUUAUACUACCAAAGUUGCUUCUGGGUGCACAAUAGGAGGUGCUGCGAUCACGACUUUGGUUUCAAUUAUGUGGAGAAUACUGAAAAAGAGACGGAGCAAUAAAAACAACUAUAAAUAUAAUAAUAAUGACAACACGACACCUUGGAGGUGUUUGGUUAUUUCUGCAGAUACAGACUGUUGUAAUUGUUUUAUAUGCAUGCAAGAAAUAUGAACGGAAAGAUAAGCUAUCAACCAGAAUAGGUGCGUCAGUUUUUUUGUUUGUUUUUGUC